UCAUCACAAUUGUUCAACCAUCAGACAUGGUGUGCAAGAGAAAGAGAGCGAGCGCGCGAGAGAGAGGGAGAGAAAGAAGCCGGUCUCUCUUUUUUUUUACAUCGUCGUCAAAUGGAAAUGCUCUCUUCCGGGUGUCGAACUUUUUUCUCUUUUUCCUCUCGCUCCUUAUUUCUUUUUACUAUUAUGUGCUCGCUCUUUCUCUCGUUCAUUCGCUCACUCGCGCGGUUUCUCGGAGUGCGACAAUUGAGUAAGAUGGAAACGUUCAUUCUAUUCUAUCUUCUUAUUCUAACUCUGCCAAACACACAUACACACACAUAUAGGCAUCUUGCACGAAACGGCUGAUACACUUUGUGCAUUGUUUGAUUUGCAUUGACUUACAAGCACCAGGUGAUAUCAGCUUCUCUCGGCGGGGAUAACAGCAAACAAUUGUUUGUCAAAUUAACAACUCGAUUGAACUAUUAUGUUUUUACUCUCUCUCUCUCUAUCUUCAAAUUUCUCUAUUUUAAUCAAUUGUUCAUCGUCAACUAGGUGGUGUUUAUGGUGGUGCAUCGACAAUCAGAGCGCGCCUGUUGCCGUUUGUCAAUCUUGAAGCGUCUUAUUUCAAUGCCUUAUUGAGCAAUACCGGUUCAGAUUUGUAUCCAUUGGCUUGGUGGCGUUAUCCAUAUACACACCUACGUACCGACGUAGAAUUUCAAUUAUUGGCUGAUGAAUACGAUAGAAAUUUACAUGAACUCGAAUUCGACCUUCGCGAAGCAAAUGUUGAUAAUGCCCGGCUCGAAGCCGAACUCGAGCACACACGUGCUGAGCUUAUUGAUGAACGGGUAAAAUCGACAGAUGAAAAGAUCUAUACCGAUGCUGAAUUAUCCAAUUUGCGAAUACGUUUGAGCGAUGCUGAAUUUCGACUUUCACUCGAACGUUGUAAACCAAGUUCGACAUUCAUCAAUGACUACGAACGAGAAAUUCGUCGUAUACGUGACGAUAUUGAAUUCGCACAACGACGUUCUCGCACCCGUUCAAGUUCGCCCGUCUUAAGUAGUUACGUACGUCGUCGUUCGUUAUCACCAGUUCGUGCAUUUACACCAGCAAGUGCAUUGGUUCCCUUAACAGCAAGUGACACCUUAGAAGCGGUCCGUGAAAAUACAUUAGUUCAACGUUUCAAUGAGUUGUACUCUCGCGAACGUUUGAAUGCUUUGAAUACACUUCGAACGGUCUCCGACGAUUACGAUAUGAACGAACGCAUAUGUUUCAAUAUUGUUCAAGAAGCGUUUUCUGUUUCUAAACGGCGUUUUUCUGAAUGGAAAUUACGUCUUCGCUCUCAACUGGCUAUCACACUCUCCGCCGGAGAUUCUCUUGAAGACGUUGUUCAAGAUUACAUUAAUCGAAAUUUGGAUUAUUUUGAAUUAUCAACUAUUGUCUCAGAAGUCAUUGAUAAUCUACACCGUAAUCCUCGAAUAAGUUUACCACUUGGCGUGACAUAUUCUUUAAUUAAUGUCUAUAUUCGGGAAGCGUGUCGUGUUGCUUGGCAUAUGUCUUGUCUUGCAUAUCCACUUGAUAUUGCUUUUGCAACGAGUUCCGAAGUCUUCGAUGAAACAAAAUACCGACGAAGUUACGAUUCAGAAUAUUCAGCACCACUUGUCGAUCAUCAUGUCUGGCCAGCAUUGAUGCAAGGUGCACGAGUUGUUGUCAAGGGUGAAGCAUGUACAAAACGAGGUGCUUCAUUGAGCCGUUCACGGCCAUCAAGUCCGAUUCGUCGUGGAUAUUCCGGUCGAAAUCGAUCAAUAAGUCCUGUCUCUCGAUCACGAACAACUAGUCCAGUGACAUUUUCAUCCAUUUAUCGUUAUUAUUGA